AUGAGUAAGGAGAAUAUUUUAGAUAUUGCACAUACUCAGCAACUGCAUAUUCAUCCACUAAAAGAGAUCAGCACAAAUAAAAACAUCAUUAUUAGAUCAGAUGAUGUUCCGAAUUUAGAUCAACAUUUUGUACUAAUUCAUGAGACUCAGGAAGAGUUACAAACACAGUUACACCGGAUUGAAACGCUUGCGAGUCAAACCAAUGUUGAUCUCGCACAAUUGUAUACGCGACUGAGAAGUAAUAAUGAAAAUUUGAAUAAGCUUUUGAAGAAUGUGGUUGACUACUCGGAAGAAGUUAUUACUGAAGGUAAUGCUACAAAAGCAGAUAUGGGCCUAAUAAUGGGCACAUUGCAUGAACUAAAGCUGAAGAAGUUUGAGUUUGGAGAUGAAGCAAUUAACAGUGUUAAAGAAAUCUUACGUCAAUACAACGAGCAAAAUGAUUUAGAAGGAUAUGCGAGGGUGAAGAGGGAAAUUGAAAAUAUGGGCAAUAAGAUUGAACGAAACGACAGCUUGGCUUUCGAUAGGUUUUACAAAAAGUUUGAGAUAAUAGAGCAGUUACUAUUAGCUGAAAAGAGAGAAGGCGAGAAGGAAAAGACAAACUAUGAGCACAUUUAUGAACUGAUGGAAGAACUAAAGUCAAUUGUAUCAGAAGAGGCACUAAGACAACGCAAGUUUGAACAAAACAUGUUGCAAGCAAAUGAACUUGUUUUGGAAAAGCUAGCGGAAAGUGGACGGCCAGACACGUCGUCUAUUUUAAACAAGAAUGACGAAGUUUUGGAAUUGCUUCGGAUUGUAAGAGAAAUGCUUAGUGUUCAAAAUGCCGACAAAAACGAUUUGAAAAAGGAAUCAGAAACACAAUUGCAUGAUUUACAAGAAAAGUAUCUCAACUUGGAAAAACAAUACAAACUACUUGGUGAGAAGAUGGAAUUAUUAAAUCAAAAAUAUUCUGACAAAUUCAAUCAAUAUAAGCUUCUUUUAGACAAGUUUGAGCAACUAUCUCGACAAGUUGAAGAAGCUGGAUCAAACGAAGCCCCCAAGCUACAUAUUUUGAACUUGCGAAAGUUUCACGAAAAUGCAAUAAGAAAUAUCGAGAGCCAAGAACUGUUGAAAUAUAACAAAAGGAUAGUAAGUACUCCAGUCACUUUUUCAAACAAUUCAGAUGAGGAAUAA